AUGGUUUCAUUUUCAUGUGAAGCUUGUGGAGAAACUGUGCCGAAGAAGAAGUGUUCGCAGCAUCAAAGGAGGUGUAGAGAUGCAUGCUUCACCUGCUUGGACUGUCAGAAAACGUUUUAUGGUAACGAGUACAUUAAUCACACCAGUUGCAUAAGUGAAGCGGAGAAGUAUGAGAAGAAAUUCUAUAAAGGCAACAAGAAGAAUAAAAAGAGCAAGAAGACUGACACGAAGAAAGUUGAGGUUAAAGAAGCAGAUUCAUCUUCUAGGAAAGAUAAGAGCAAGAGCUCGGCAGACAGCAAAAGCAAGAAAGAAAAGCACAUUGACCUGUCAAAGAUAAUUAUGCAGGGUGAACCGAUCUCACUUUAUAAAGUGUUUAAGAAGCUUCACGGAAAAGAUGAUAAGCUCUCAAAGAGACUAACUGAAAGCAAAAAGAGCUUCUUGAAAUCAUUGAAGGUUGUCGAAAAGGAAGACGGCACAUUAACUCUAGAUAUAGAUUUGUAA